UUAGCCACUUCUUGUGUACUUACUUCCAACGAAAACAAAUAGUUCUUAUCAAUUCAGUUUCGCAUUAAUCACGGCUCCGAUUUAGAUCAAUGAUGUGAUACCGCCACGAGGGUUUUAAUCCCACUCCAAAAUGAGCCACGGCGACCAGAGUCACAGCCAGAGCAGCCAGCGGGGCCAAGAGCGCUGUGGCGGGGGCGACUCCACAAAGGACAGGGAGAAGGAGAAAAAGGGCUGGUUCCACUCGCUGACCAGGCGCAAGAAGUCGGACUCGGCGCUGACCGUGUCCGUAUCCGCAUCCGCCUCCACCAGUGCAUCACAGAACAACAACAACGAGGUGUGUGUCCUUGAGCCAGCAGAGUCUUCCAUGGCCAGCUGCAGCAAUGGGGGCACUGGCACAGGAACACUGCGCAGGCGGCGGGACAAAGACAAGGACAAGCGAAACGUGUUCGCCAGACUGCGUCGGAAGGUGGGCCAGGGUCUCAGCUCCUUGCGCAAUUGGCACUCGAUGGGAGAAUGUGACGAUGGUGGCACUACUGAUGCCACCUACGAGUUCCUUACUCCGGCCAUCUGCCAGGAGCCCACGUUGCCAUUCACACACGACUACUUGCGCUUCAUUCGGAAGAAGUGGCUGGAGCGCGAGGGCGCCCACUCUCCCAACCAGGUCAUGUACAAGGCCUGCUCCGAAAUGCUCAACCAAGUGUGGUACUGGGGCGAAAUCUCCAGGCGCGAUUCACAGCGGCAGUUGAGCGACAAGCCGACUGGGUCGUUCCUGGUCCGCGACUCGGAGACCAGCGGAUCCCAGUUCACCCUAAGCUUCCGGAUUGUAAACGUAACACUGCACUAUCGGCUGGAGUUUCGCGACGACUUCUGGCACUUCGAGGAGCUUAAGUACGGUUCGAUUGUAGAGAUGAUCGAGGAUAUCUUGCACCGCUGCACCAACGACAACUUUGUUUGCUUUGUGAAGGUGCCCAACGAGAUGCAGCCGCCGUUUCCGGUGAUCCUCAAGUAUCCGCUGAGCCGGUACGCCAAUAUGCCCAAGCUUCAGGACCUGUGCCGGCGGGUCCUGCAGCGCCAGAUGUCGCGCGAGCAAGUGGCUAAGUUGCCGGUGCCCGCACAGAUGCUGGAGUACUUGGCGAUGGAACGGGAACUGGUCUUCCAGAGCUAGAAGCCCGCUGUCCGCCGCCGAGCACCCGCUGGUCAAAGCUUUAAAACGGAAGUAAACGCAAGCACGUACACCAAAGAGGUCCGGGCGAAUCGAAUCCCAGCCUGUAGUUACUCGUAAUGAUAUGUGUUGGUUGGAUUGGCAAUAUGUUUUUGAUGCAUUUCUACGCCCCAGUAAUUAAGCGCACAGUCUCUUAACACACAUGCACACCGGAAUCCCAGUGCGCAGGUUUUUACUGUAUUGUACUGCUAAGUACCACUAGUACUAGUAUUUUGUCUAGGAUAAAUAACUAUGUUAUUGGCCAUAA